AUGGAAUUACCCGUAGAUAAUCACGUGCCAAACCAACCGAAACUUGCAUCCCCGCAUCAAAUUACAUCCAUACGCGUUCCCCACCACCAUGCCUCCACCGCGCCUCCUCCUCCCCCGCCGACCACCGUUAACUCUUCUAUGCCGUCGGUUCCUCCCACAUCCGCGCUUCUACUCAUCAAAUAACACUGUCACCGGCGAAUUCCAAAAGUCCCAGAAACGCUCGCUGAAAGACGUCCACCACGGUCACAAGGAGAAACGGCAGGAUGCUAACAUUGCUUUCACUGAAUCUCCCUGGGAGGUGAUUUGCGGCCUCGAGGUGCAUGCACAGUUGAACACGGAGCGGAAACUGUUUUCCGAUGCGACCAUGUCCACCACCGCCCCGCCGAAUACUCACAUCUCCGUCAUCGACGCGUCACUUCCCGGAACGCAGCCAACGUUAAAUCCAAAGAUUCUUCUGCCAGCACUACGGGCAGCAGUUGCGUUGUCCUGCAAACCCGAGCAGAUCUCGCGGUUCGAUCGGAAACACUACUUCUAUUGGGACCAGCCGGCGGGCUACCAGAUCACACAGUUCUAUCAGCCUCUAGCAAAGAACGGUACGCUGCGGUUGACAAAGGAUGCGGACGGGAUGGAUCUGGAGGUCAAGAUCCGACAGGUGCAGAUCGAGCAGGACACGGGAAAGACAAUUGCCGCGCCGCCGAACUCGCUGGUGGAUCUCAACCGUGUUGGUGCGCCGCUGGUCGAGAUCAUCACUGAUCCGUUCCCGUUGGCGGAGGCUGCUACUGCGGGCAAGGUACUCGCUAAGAUCCAGGGCUUGUUGAAGGCGGUGGAUGCGUGUGUGCUGGGCAUGGAGUGGGGUGGGUUGCGCGCGGAUGUCAACGUUUCCGUUCGGCGGCGUGGAGAGACAGAGCUCGGCCGGCGCUGCGAGAUCAAGAAUCUUUCGUCGUUCAAAGCGGUGACCGAGGCGAUCCUUUCUGAGUCGCAACGCCAGAUCGCGAUUCUGUCUGCAGGUGGGACGAUAGGUGGUGAGACCCGCGGGUGGGACGCGGAACAUUUCACCACCAGACGACUCAGAGGGAAAGAGGGAGAGGUGGACUACAGAUACAUGCCCGACCCCGACCUUCCGCCCGUCGUUCUCACCAGAAGACUGAUCGAUAAAGUCAAGGGCAACAUGCCGCCACUUCCCGACCAAAUCGUCGAGGAACUCACCUCGAAAUACGGCCUCACGGCAAAAGACGCGCGCACCAUCCUCCUCUGGGACGACGGCCGUAGCGGCGAUGUGGUCGCCUAUUACAAGUCUGUCGUAUCCCUCGUCACACCGAACGACAAGACGACCGGCAAAAUCGUCGGAAACUGGAUGAUCCAUGAGCUUGGGGGGCUGCUCACCAUACACGAGAUUUCCUGGGCCGAGAACAAAAUCACCGCGCAUGGUUUGGCAGAGCUGAUCUCGCUGUUGGUAGGAGGGAAGAUUACGGGGGCUACGGCGAAGGCCCUACUGCCGCGACUCCUCACCGACAGAAAAGCAUCCGCCGCGAAGAUCGUCCAGGAGGAGAAUCUGGCAAUCACGGAAAUAAGCGACGAUGAACUUUCGGUGUUGAUCAAGGGCGUGCUGGAUACCGAUGAGGGGAAGAACGUGUUGCAGCAGCUGGAGGCGAACUUGGAGAAUGAGAAGAAGCGGAAGGGGCUGCGCGGGUUCGUCGUGGGAAAGGUUAUGCGCUCGAUGGGUGGAAAGGUCAAGGCCGAUCGAGUGGACGGAUUGCUUUCUACCAUGUUAUCACAGUCCCAGUCCCAGUCCCAGUCAGAGUCACAAUAGAUAUGUUGCAUUACCUGUCGUUAAUGGUGAAUUGGCUUAUCACGAAAUACGAUAUUAUACGCAUUCAUUCACUCAUAGCCGCCUCCAAAUCCAACAACACUACGCAAGUAAAGGCUUUUUUAUAACGGAGGUUUUCUCGCAGAUUCCAAUCUUUUUUUCCCCUUUUGAUUUGUGGCGAAGUGGUGGCGCCUUUUGAAGAGACUUUGUUGCGCAAGGGUGAUACCCUGACCGGCGAGCGGAUGUCGAUGUAUG